GGACCACCAACCCCGGCACCCCAACUCGAAGGCAAUUGCAGCUCUUGAUCGGGCUCUGGAACAACUCGACAUCAAGGAAGACAAUGGUACCAAGCCUGAUCCGGUGAAACCACGCAAAAUCCCGGACCUCAAGCGGAGAACUCAAGACGACGCCGGAGCCAAGCUUAGUGGGCAUAUCAGGAUGGCGUACGGCAGCCAGCCCGAGAUGGCAGCCAAGAUCCUCCCUGAGGGCUACAAGGCACCGGAAAUGCAGAAUUUGAAGCCUAAUGCGGACGGCGACCUCCUACUCACUAGCGGCAGCUCGUACGGUCGACCAACGACCAUACUGUUCACAACGCAACCUCCCAAUGUCAAAGACGAUGAUCCUGACGGCCAGUCUGAGUGCUACAUGUCACCCGCCACAAAGCAACUCCUCCUCGCCACCAAGAACUACCCUCAGCCGAUCCUUCAGUAUUCUUCUCCGGCCUUUCGUAUCGGUCCCGCAGGCAAGUGCGGUUUGGGCAUGUUUGCGACGCGAACUAUCAGAAACGGUGAAUAUAUAUGCAUCGAAAGGCCGAUCAUGGUUAUGCCAGCUGGGACUACAAUCUUUGGCGAGGUCUCUCGAGAGCUGUCGGUGAACAUGACGUAUGGGUCCAUGCAACAGAUAAUGCUUGCUGAGAGAGAGUUGGCGCACGAGGUGAUGUUCAAACGUUUGAAGCCGAAGCAGCAAGAGGAGUACAUGUCGUUGGCGAACUGUCAUCUUCACGACGGCAGUGGGCCCCUCACUGGCAUAUUGAGAACCAAUGGUUUGGCACUCGGCAAUGUACUUCACCACGAAGUCCAGGGCCAAAAGAUACCUUUCUCCGGAGUCCCAUACAACAUAUCACGGCUCAAUCACAGCUGCCGCCAGAAUACCACAUGGGGCUUCGACAUGGCGUCAUUCUCGUACAAUCUUCGAGCCGUUCGUGAGAUCAAGGAGGGUGAAGAGCUCUUUAUCUCCUACACCGACGACGGCACCACCGCCGAACGUCAAGAGCAGCUCGCUCCGUACGGUUUUCAAUGCACCUGCGAUUCUUGCACAGACCCAAAGUCGGACGAACGCCGCGCCAAGAUUCGACCUCCCCGUACGACUGUUUUCGAUCCUUCCAUUCCACGCAAACCUCCUAUCAGUGCCAACCCGAUGGCGAACCUGGACCUGCUCAGACCACAUCUCGAUAGUUACAUCAAGGAGUGUCUGUCGCAGCUUGCGCUCAUCGAAAAGGAGGGGAUGUGGGCGUGGAAGGAGUAUCGCCAGCAUCAUCAGGCGUUGAUGUCAAUAAACAUGCUUUUGAAGAAUAAGGCGCAGCAGGCGUAUCAUCUGUCCAAGUUGCCCAGGGAGGAUGAGAUGUUCGGAGAUGAGGUGGCCGGGAUGGUAUUCGCCUAA